AUGGUUUUUAGGAUGCACUAUAGAAUAACAUCCGCUAUUAUGUUCCUGUGCUGUAUCCUCGUUACUGCUAAUAACCUAAUUGGUGACCCGAUCUCAUGUAUUAGUGAUGGAGCGGUUCCUGCACACAUAUUAAAUACCUAUUGCUGGAUCACUUACACGUUCACGCUUCCCUACAGCGGAGCUAAGGGCAUCGCUCACCCGGGCCUCGGUAACGAUUAUGAAGAAGAGAAACGCAUCCACUCAUACUAUCAAUGGGUGCCUUUCAUGCUAUUCUUCCAGGGUAUCUUGUUCUACAUUCCUCACUGGAUUUGGAAGAACUGGGAGGAAGGCAAAGUCCGCAUGAUCUCCGAUGGCAUGCGUGGGACGAUGGCCACUAUUGCUGACGACAAAACAAACCGCCAGAAUCGCUUAGUCCAAUACCUACUAGACACACUUCAUAUGCACAACACCUACUCCUUCGGAUAUUUCUUCUGUGAAGUUCUUAACUUUGCCAAUGUUGUUGGCAACAUUUUCUUUUUGGACACAUUCCUUGGCGGAGCUUUCUUAUCGUAUGGAACCGAUGUUGUCAAGUUUUCAAACAUGAAUCAGGAACAACGAAAUGAUCCUAUGAUCGAGGUGUUCCCAAGAGUCACUAAAUGCACAUUCCACAAGUUUGGAGCUUCUGGAACAAUCCAGAAACACGACGCACUCUGUGUUCUCGCCUUGAACAUCCUUAACGAAAAGAUUUUCAUUUUCCUUUGGUUCUGGUUCAUCAUAUUAUCUGUUGUCUCCGGCUUGGCUCUCGUGUACUCGGCUGCUGUCAUACUUCUGCCGAGCACUCGCGAGACUAUACUCAAAAGACGAUUCCGCUUCGGUUCUCCUAAUGGAGUUGCAGCCCUCGUUAGAAAAACUCAGGUUGGUGAUUUCCUACUCCUUCACCUACUUGGCCAAAACAUCUCGCUUCGUGUGUUCGGCGAAGUCUUGGAUGAGCUAGAACGUCGACUCAAUCUCGGUUCCAACCCACCAUCAGCGCCGUCCACAUUAGAAAUGGCGCCUAUUUAUCCGAACAUCGACAAGUACGCUAAAGAAACCGAGACG